GUCAGUUGAAAUCCCGGCAGCAGCACUGAGACACUUGAUAUUGGCCGUACCUGAUCGCAAUCCACCCCGCUCAUUUGUAGUGCUCCCCACGCCCGCAUUUGCUCGCUGGAAUAUCAUUGCUGGGUGCUGCUGCUGCUGCUGCUGGUCGUAGGAGUUGUGGCGGCGCCGCGGCGGCGGAGGCAGUAGCACUAGCCGCCGACGAACCAACGUCCUCCUCCAGUGUUCCGCUGCCCGUGACAACCGAGAGAGAGAGAGAGAGAGACUUAGCAGUGGCUAUGGCGUCGCUCUCUGGUUCGAUUCAGUGCCGUUCCUGCUCCCCCAAGGCAUUGCUCCCCGAAGCCGGCGCAGCCGUCGCUAGUAAGCUCGGCAGGAAGAUCUCCGUCUUCCCCACCCCUUCCCGCUCCCUCCUUCCUCUCCUCCUGCGCUCCUCCCAUCCCAGAGUGGCUGUUGUGUCGCAAUUGGGGAGAAAUGAGCUGUCGAAAACUGCCCAUGCUUCAGUAGCAGAUGUUUCAGUCGAAGUGUCGCUCGAUGAUGCUGAGCUUCCUAAGGGCGAGACCUGGUCUGUCCAUAAGUUUGGUGGAACCUGCGUGGGGAACUCGCAGAGAAUCAAGAAUUGCGCCAACAUAGUUAUAAAGGAUGACUCGGAACGAAAAUUAGUAGUUGUCUCUGCAAUGUCUAAGGUCACUGAUAUGAUGUACGACCUCAUUCACAAGGCACAAGCGCGAGAUGAUUCUUAUGUUUUUGCUUUGGAUAAUGUCCUCGAAAAGCAUAGAUCCACUGCGCUCGAUUUGCUGGAGGGCUCUGAUCUUUCGAGUUUCCUGUCACGCUUGGACAACGACAUCAGUAACCUUAAAGCGAUGCUUCGGGCAAUAUAUAUUGCUGGGCAUGCCACGGAAUCCUUUACAGAUUUUGUUGUUGGACAUGGGGAGCUCUGGUCAGCUCAGAUGUUGUCCUCUGUCAUUAGGAAGAGUGGCGAGGACUGCAAGUGGAUGGACACAAGGGAAGUCUUGAUCGUGAAUCCAACUAAUUCUAAUCAAGCUGAUCCCGAUUUCACCGAGUCUGAAAAGAGACUGGAUAAAUGGUACUCCAGGAAUCCAGCUAGGACGAUAAUUGCCACCGGAUUUAUUGCUAGCACACCUCAAAAUAUUCCCACUACUUUGAAGAGAGAUGGGAGCGAUUUCUCUGCUGCCAUCAUGGGUGCCCUUCUCAAAGCUCGUCAGGUCACAAUAUGGACUGAUGUAGAUGGUGUCUACAGUGCUGACCCGAGAAAAGUUGGUGAGGCGGUGAUUCUAGAGACACUAUCUUAUCAAGAGGCUUGGGAAAUGUCAUAUUUUGGGGCCAACGUCUUACAUCCUCGAACCAUCAUCCCUGUGAUGCGAUAUAACAUUCCCAUACUUAUAAGAAAUAUUUUCAAUCUCUCUGCUCCUGGAACAAAGAUUUGUCAUCCUAGGGCUCUUGAAGAUGAGGAAACACCAAAGUUGGAGUCAUAUGUAAAGGGAUUCGCCACAAUAGACAAUCUGGCUCUUGUAAAUGUUGAGGGAACUGGGAUGGCUGGUGUUCCCGGUACUGCGAGUGCUAUAUUUGGUGCAGUGAAGGAUGUUGGGGCUAACGUAAUUAUGAUAUCUCAGGCUAGCAGCGAGCAUUCUGUUUGCUUUGCUGUGCCUGAAAAGGAAGUAAAAGCAGUUGCUGAGGCUCUGACGGCUAGAUUUAGUCAGGCUCUGGGUGCUGGACGUCUCUCUCAGGUUGCCGUGAUUCCAAACUGUAGUAUAUUGGCAGCAGUUGGCCAGAAAAUGGCUAGCACACCUGGCGUCAGUGCCACUCUUUUUAAUGCACUAGCAAAGGCCAACAUUAAUGUUCGUGCAAUAGCUCAAGGUUGUUCUGAGUAUAAUAUCACCGUAGUCGUCAAGCGGGAGGAUUGUAUUAGAGCUUUAAGAGCUGUCCACUCAAGGUUUUAUCUUUCACGGACCACAAUUGCUAUGGGUAUAAUUGGUCCUGGAUUGAUUGGUAGCACAUUGCUCGAGCAGCUAAGAGAUCAGGCGGCAGUUCUGAAGGAAGAAUUUAACAUUGAUUUGCGUGUUAUGGGAAUCACUGGCUCGAGGAGAAUGCUUCUUAGUGAUGUGGGCUUAGACUUAUCCAAUUGGAGAGAACUCUUAUCUGAGAAAGGAGAAGCGGGUGACUUGGACAAGUUUGUUCAACAUGUGCGGGGGAAUGACUUCAUUCCUAAUACUGUCCUGGUAGAUUGUACAGCAGACUCCACUGUUGCCAGUCAUUACUAUGAUUGGUUGCGGAAGGGAAUUCAUGUGAUUACUCCCAACAAAAGAGCAAAUUCUGGUCCACUUGACCAAUACUUGAAGUUGAGAGCUCUACAACGGCAAUCCUAUACGCAUUACUUCUAUGAGGCUACUGUUGGAGCUGGUCUCCCAAUUAUUAGUACCUUGCGAGGUCUCCUUGAGACUGGGGACAAGAUUCUUAAGAUUGAAGGCAUAUUCAGUGGCACGCUAAGCUAUAUAUUCAACAACUUUGUCGGGAAGAGGCCUUUUAGCGAGGUGGUUGCAGAGGCAAAGGAGGCGGGAUACACAGAGCCAGAUCCUAGAGAUGACUUGUCUGGAACUGAUGUUGCCAGGAAGGUGAUUAUACUUGCCAGAGAAUGUGGUUUGAAGCUGGAACUCGCCAACAUCCCUGUCGAGAGCCUUGUUCCCGAGCGACUUAGAACAUGCGCAUCUGCUGAGGAGUUCAUGCAGAAGCUACCCCAGUUUGACAAAGAAAUGACUGCUAAACUACAGGAAGCUGAGGAUGCGGGCCAAGUAUUGAGAUAUGUUGGGGUGGUUGAUGUGGCGAAUCGCAGAGGAGUCGUGGAGAUGCAGAAGUACAGUAAAGAUCACCCUUUCGCACAGCUCUCGGGCUCCGAUAAUAUAAUCGCUUUCACCACCAAGAGGUACAAGGAGCAGCCCUUAAUAGUACGUGGGCCCGGUGCCGGUGCCCAAGUCACUGCUGGCGGGAUAUUCAGCGACAUACUGCGGCUCGCCUCUUACCUUGGAGCCCCAUCAUAAUUUUCGGUACCAGUACUUAAAAGUAGAAAUAUGGACUAAUUGUGUGCGAGACUGAAACAACAGUCUUUCUGUCCUUGGAUUCUGCAGGCUCUCGGGGAAUUAGUUAGUUACGUUUCAAUUAACUGUCUUCAUGUCAUGUCGUCUCUCUUUCACUUUCCUUGUCCCUAUGGAACAGUUGGACUAGGGAAGAGGAAGCGGAUUUUGCCAUUUUGGAGGAUGAUGUAGAGUUGGGAGUCCAUUCGAGAUGAACCCAAGUGUAGCUUGAAGUUUCUCUUCAUUCUGUAAUUUGUCGUGGAAUAAAAUGAUGGUCUGUUUGUUUCAUGGGCAUGAUUGUCUUGGUU